CGGCCAACUUGUCCAAACAGUUCUAAUUCACCACAAUCGACGACGCGCCACGAUGCCUCAAGAAGCCUCCAAACUCGCUGAUACCGAUGCUGCUGCCGAGGCCGCCGCCGAGGCUGUCGCCGAAUCGAGCAAGAACGCAAAUGUCGCCGAUGCAGAGAGCGAAAGCGAGGAAGACGAAAUUGUAGAAGGAGGAGACCAGGCCACAGAGAAGAAGAAGAAGAGCCGCAAGCGCAAGAUCAAGGAUGCAUUGGCAGGCAAGGGCAAGGACCCGAUCACCAGCACCGAAUCGCCGGCAGGUCAACAUUUGAGCAAGGACCAAAUGAACAUGCUUCUCGAGGCCAACCCAGCGCUGAAGAACGAAUUGAUGUCGAAGGCAAAGGGAACCAAGGAUUUGGAGUCGCUGAUAAAGAAGCUCAACAUCAAUGAGAUGUUGACGGGUCUCGCUCCACAGGGCAAGAACCAGAAGGACAUGGCCAGCCAUGCUUUCUGGAAGACGCAGCCUGUUCUAAGCUUCGAUGAGGUGGCUAGCGGAAAGGACAAGAUCGUGGAUGGUCCGAUCAAGGAGAUUGAUAUCGAGAGAGUGGACAAGAAUCCUAGCCCCAUGUACCCCGGUUUCGAAUGGGUCACUAUGGACCUUGAGGACGAGAAGCAACUGGAGGAGGUCUAUGAUCUCCUCACCAACCACUAUGUUGAGGACCAAGAAGCCAUGUUCAGAUUCAAAUACUCUCCUUCCUUCCUUAAUUGGGCCCUGAAAGCACCUGGCUGGAAGAAGGAAUGGCAUGUCGGCGUUCGCGCCACUGCCUCUGGAAAGCUGGUAGCCUUCAUCUCCGGAAUCCCCAUACAACUUCGUCUUCGUCAGAAUACCCUGAAUUGCUCGGAAGUCAACUUCCUUUGUGUACACAAGAAGCUGCGCUCAAAACGGUUGGCCCCGGUGCUUAUCAAGGAGAUUACUCGUCGUUGCUACGUGGAAGGCGUCUUCCAGGCUGUCUACACUGUCGGAUCUCUACUGCCUACCCCUGUCUCAACCUGUCGCUAUUUCCACCGAUCUCUUGACUGGGAGAAACUGUAUGAUGUUGGCUUCUCUCCCCUUCCACACGGUAGCACCAAGCAACGACAAAUCGUCCGAUACAAGCUCCCAGAAACCACUUCUACCCCCGGCCUCAGGGUUAUGGAGGCCAAGGAUGUCGACGCUGUCCUUGAUCUACUGAAACGAUACUUGGCGCGCAUGGAUAUGGCACAGGUCUUCAGCAAGACCGAAUUCGAGCACUGGAUGUUCCCAGCAGAGAAACCCAAGGAGCAAGUGGUCUGGAGCUAUGUCAUCGAGGAUCCAAAGACCAAGAAGAUCACCGAUUACUUCUCUUUCUACAACCUUGAGAGCACCGUCAUCGGCCACAAGAAGCACAACGUGAUCAAGGCCGCAUAUCUCUUCUACUAUGCAACGGAAGCGGCUUUCAGCGGCGACGAGUCUCUCUUGAAGCCACGGUUGAAUUCUCUGAUGAAGGACGCGUUGAUCCUAGCAAAGAAGGAAAACUUCGACGUUUUCAAUGCCCUUACUCUCCUUGACAACCCGCUUUUCCUCGAAGAACAGCGCUUUGGCGCCGGCGAUGGCUCACUCCACUACUACCUCUACAACUACCGCGCACAGCCCCUACCUGGAGGCAUCGAUGCUAGGAAUCAAUCGAGCGACAAGCACAUGGGUGGUGUAGGUCUGGUUAUGUUGUAAACCUGGCACAACAGAGAGCAGCGAGAUCUCAAACAUGUACAUAGUUGAGCUUCACUAUACCAAUUAUGAAUAAGAAUCGCCAAAAUAGUGUUGGUGAACAUAUAUGUUCGAUUUCUGUAGUGAUAUGCGACUGAUGAAUGUAAAUCCG